AUGCCGGCCAACCUCAUGGAGGGCAGCCCCAAGUCCAACGGGACUGGGCAGACACUGGAUUCUCCCACCCUCUGCAUGGAAACGGUGACUUUCACUGCAGUGGUGGAAGGAGAGGAGUGGGGCUCCUUCUACUACUCCUUUAAGACUGAGCAGUUGAUAACUCUGUGGGUCCUCUUUGUUUUCACCAUUGUUGGAAAUGCCAUCGUACUGUUCUCUACACGGAGAAGGAAGAGGAAGUCGAGAAUGACCUUCUUUGUGACUCAGCUGGCCAUCACAGACUCUUUCACAGGACUGGUUAACAUCUUGACAGAUAUCAUUUGGAGAUUCACUGGAGACUUCAUGGCACCUGAUCUGGUUUGCCGAGUAGUCUGCUAUUUGCAGGUUGUGCUGCUCUAUGCCUCUACCUAUGUCCUGGUGUCCCUCAGCAUAGACAGGUACCAUGCCAUCGUCUACCCCAUGAAGUUCCUGCAAGGAGAAAAGCAGGCCAAGGUCCUCAGCGUGAUUGCCUGGAGCCUCUCUUUCCUGUUCUCCAUUCCCACCCUUAUCAUAUUUGGGAAAAGGAAACUCUCCAAUGGUGAAGUGCAGUGCUGGGCCCUGUGGCCCGACGACUCCUACUGGACCCCAUACAUGACCAUCGUGGCCUUCCUGGUGUACUUCAUCCCCCUGACAAUCAUCAGUGUCGUCUAUGCCAUUGUGAUCAGAACUAUUUGGGUCAAAAGUAAAGCCCAUGAGACAGUGAUUUCCAGCUGCUCAGAUGGAAAGCGGUGCACCAUUUCCAACCGAGGCCUCAUCUCAAAGGCAAAAAUCAAGGCCAUCAAGUAUAGCAUUGUCAUCAUUCUUGCCUUCAUCUGCUGUUGGAGUCCGUACUUCCUCUUCGAUAUCUUGGACAAUUUCAGCCUCCUUCCAAACACUAAGGAGCGUUUCUAUGCCUCUGUGAUCAUUCAGAACCUGCCGGCCUUGAAUAGCGCCAUCAACCCCCUCAUCUACUGUGUUUUCAGCAGCUCCAUCUGCUUCCCUUGUGGGGAGCAAAGAUCACGAGAUUCCAGAAUGACAUGUCGGGAGAGAACUGAGAGGCAUGAGAUGCAGAUUCUGUCCAAGCCAGAAUUCAUGUAG